ACCGUCCCUUUUCCGUUUGCCAACUACUUAAAGUGGUGAAUAGAGACAUGGCUGCGUUCAUAGAAGAAAUGUAUUACAACCGAAACCAAUAAUAAUAAUAAUAAUAAUAAUAAUAAUAAUUCGCCAGAGAAUGAAUACUCGCUCUUUUAUAAUAAUAAUAAAAGCAGGUUAACGUAAUCGUGUCUGGGACAUGGCUAGAGUGUAACGUGACAAGAUCAUGUGACGUAGUAUUUCCUUUGACCUUAUUCUGUUUGCAUAAAGAAGGAGUAAAAAUGAGGAAACAAAACUUUGUAUGAUAAGUCUUGGACAAUACAAACACAUUUGUUCUCUGUACAACACAGGACACUAUAAAAAGAAGUGAAGUAUUAUCUUUGAACAGACUCUACAGCCUACAAAGUGACGUCAUUGUAGUAUCUUUGUACACACUCGACAGCCUACACUAAGUGGCGUCAUUGUAGUAUCUUUGUGCACACUAUACAGCCUGCACAGAGUGACCAUAGUGUAAUAAUACUGUGCUCGAGAAAAAGAAAGUGUCUACUCAGUGACAGUAUUCUAUUCUCGUUGUUGUAUUCUGUCUAGUCUUAAACCACUGACGUCCAUGUCAAGAUGUUAGCUUCACACUUCUUUCUGACUCUAACAGUCACAGGGACUGUAAUAAUGAGCUUUGCACCAAAUCAGCAGCACAUGAAGACCUUCAGUUUUUCAGAUGAUGAAAGUGACUCUAAGAACUUCAGUAGAAACGAUGACUUCGAAGAACAAUUUGACAAGGAAGAGAUGUCGGAGCUAGAACAAGAACAUCAAGAGUCCUGGGAGAGUGUCUCUUGGAGUGAUAAUGAAUUUUUAGAGGAUAAUACUCUAGACGAAAAUGAAUUCUACCCAUCAUUGGAUCUGAAUUCUUCCCUAGAGCCUGUCUCUCAAGGACUUAGUCUCCAAAAACAAGGAGCUAAAAUCGAUGUGCUCUGUCCUGUAAGAUUCCAAUCACGUCAUGGCAAGAUAAUGGACUGUGCAAGCUUGGGGUUAACUGCUGUGCCACGCAAGCCACCUCCUGACAUAAUAAAGUUAGAUUUAUUCAACAAUUCAAUAUCUACUUUAGAGAAUGACACUUUCUGUAAUUACAUGAAUUUAACUACGCUUUUCUUGACCAAAAACAAUUUAACUAGUCUUGAAGUUGGUUCUUUCAAUUGUCUAACUCAAUUAAAAUAUCUAUAUAUGAAAUAUAACAAAUUGGUAAUGAAAAAAGGAACAUUUCCUCCCGGAGUAUUCAAGCCUUUAAGAAAUUUAUUGAUCUUGAAAAUCAAUAGAAACACAUUCUCGAAAAUUUGGCGAUAUGAUUUAGAAUAUCCGGACACGGCUUUACAGGAUUUGACCAAAUUAAAGUCUUUAUUUAUGGAUGGGCUCGAUGGGAAAACUUUCGGGGCUGGAUUUGCCAAAAUGAAGUCACUGCGAAAUUUAACUCUUGCUGGUUACUCGGAGGGUUACUGCAAACUUGAGAGAAUAAAAGAAGAUUGCUUUCAAAAUUUGACCCAGAUAACGUUUCUUAACAUCAGUGACUGUUACAUUAUGGGUCGAUCUUUGAAAUAUAAAACUCUAGAGCCUUUGAGAAAUCUGGAAGUACUGGAUUUAACUUACAAUGUGAAUAUAGGUAUUCAAAACCUUACCACCUUAUUAAGUGGCCUACGUAAUUCCAGUCUCAAAAAACUAUUUGUCAGCUCUAUAGUGACUCGUUUCUCCAGAGGAAUUGAAAUAGAUGAAGCACUAGUGAAGUCAUUGCCACGCUCUCUAGAAUAUCUGGUCGCUAAAGAGAAUUGUUUUGAGACUAUCGCUGAAAAUGUGUUUGAUUCACUUCCAGAAAACUUAAGCUACAUCGAUCUGGGGAAUAAUCGACUAUUAUUUGGUAAAUAUUUGAAAAAUCUUUCCAAACUUGGAAACUUAGAAUUUCUUCAAAUGUCUCGAGAUACCUUUUUGUAUGACUUACCAUCGCAAUACCCUUUCCAAGCAAAAUUCCACGUGUUCGAUCACAAUUCGUAUUCCCUUCCACCAAAUAUAGAUUCUAGUGAUCCAUUCAUCUUGAAGCUUCCUCCAAAGUUAACACGUGUUGAAAUGAACACUGCAGGAUUAAUUUAUUUCCUAACAAAUCUUACAGUAGAAGACAAUAAUUCAUUGACAGAACUGUCUAUAGCUAAAAAUUAUUUUCCAAAAGCUAUUGGGCCAAUCUCUGGAUUAAAAAAUCUUCAUUACUUAGAUCUGAGCCAUUGUUCUUUGGCAGUCAUUAGCACAACAUUUUUUCAAUAUUUCCCGUCUUUGAACACGCUCAAACUAUCUUACAAUAACCUGAAAAACUUAUUGAUGCAAGCCAAUAGUAAUGCAAAAAUUUUUAGAAAUCUGACAAAACUGAAAUAUUUAGAUCUUUCUUAUAAUAGAUUGACCAAUCUGUCUGUUGAUAUCUUUAAGGAUUUGAGCAAUUUAGAAAAAUUGCAUCUGGAAAGUAACCAGCUGUCCGAGUUUAAUCUGAACAUCUCACACAUGACCAAACUCAAAGUUCUCAAUCUCAACGACUCUCAGCUCCCAACCCUGCCAAUCAAUGUUAGACAACACAUUGAUUACUUAAAGAACGUAUUAAAAAUUGAUAUUUUUGUAGAUAUGUCUAUAAACCCCAUUCACUGCGACUGUCAGAAUCUGGAUUUCCUACAGUGGAUGGUCAAUUCAAAGGCAUUCGACCACCACUUCCGUCGCUACAGAUGUGAGUAUCCUGACCUGUCCAGUAAGACAAUUGAAGAUGGCUACGCCGAAACUAUUCAAAUUCUGGAAAGAAAGUGUGCAGAAAAUUACCCCAUCUUUUUAGUUGUUUUAGGUGCAACACUUGCUUUGGUUGUUAUGGUAACCGUUGGUAUUGCUUACAGGUUUCGCUGGAAGAUACGCUACUUGUACUACGCAGCAUACUUAAAAUUGAAAAAAACUGACCAGUCAGAUGACCAGCAUUCAAUGUAUAAGUAUGACGUAUUUCUGUCGUAUUCACACAGUGAUGAGCCGUUUGUUUUAAAGGAGCUUAUGCCAGAACUACAGUCACGUGGUUUGAAAAUACACGUUCAUGGCCGUGACUUCGCAGUAGGAGAAUACAUCGCAUCCAACAUUGCAGCGGCUGUCAUUAAUAGCAGAAAGACUUUAGCUAUCCUGACUCGGGGCUUGUUGUCUAGCCACUGGUGCAACUAUGAACUACAGAUGGCCAACAAUGAAUCAAUCGAUACAGGAAGACCUGUCUUGGUAUUUCUAAUCAAAGACCCACUCUCCAUCGAUGAACUAGGACGAGAGUUGCUGAACCACAUCCGCUGUAACACCUACACUAGCUACCCUAGCAACGAACAAGCCAGGAGCCAGAGCUACAUGCAAAUGUUCUGGGACAAACUGGCACAUGACCUGAAGCAGUAACAAGAAAUGAGAGAUCAAGAUACAUUUCGUCCUUGUUAUUUUCUUACCAUAGACACUUUGGUUCCUCACUUCCUACUUAUCUUACGGAACGGAAGUGGGAACGAAAUCUGACAAAAUAAACCUAUACAAGAUAUGUUGAGAAAUAAGCCCUAAAUAAAAUUACAUUUCUCUGAAGAUUGCAGUUAUUGUUAAAAAACUAACAUUUUUUAAAACACUUUUUUAUACAACUUAUUUUGCUUUUAAUAACUAAUGAAUGUUACUUUAAAAAACUAAUGGAACAAUUUUUACCACGCCCCAUCCCCCUCCACGGUUAAGUUAAUGUAUAAAUCUUCUAGACUUAAUACUAUUCUAAUGAUAGGUUUAUAAAUCUAGUGAUACUGAAAAUUCACAAUAAAUUAUCUUUCUUUGUUAAUAUAUUGUAAACAUAACCUCCCUUACAUUUAUGAAUUGCAUAAUUAAUUUAUAAACUAAACGGUUUGGUUUUAGAAAACAAAAAGUAACCUUUGCACAUAAACUUUGCAAGCUACAGCGCAUGGUGAAAGAAUAUUUUUCAUUUCUCUUCUAGUUUUUGAGAUCUGAGUGUGAGGGUAUGACACAGACAUUUUGCACGAACCCAAUAACUACUAUUUCCAUUAAGAUGGGGCUAAAAUAAAAAUAAAAAAACUGUUGUCCCUAUUUUAUUCUCCCUUUUUACAAUACCUCUAUUUAACUCGUAACUUCGUGGAAACUUCUGGGUGGGAAAAACCUUCUGGGUGGACAGGAAUCUAGAAAAUGGCUCUAACGAUUUUUCUAGAAAUUGGAUAGUUGCUGUAUAUGGUUGUGAGAAGAAUGACUAGCUCAGAUCAUUUUUCAAAGUAACAAAAAAUUAAUUUAGCUAGAGGACGAGAAAGUCUAUAUCUUGAACGAAAUAUAUAAAUGAAAAAAAAAAACACCGACAAAACUUUUUAUAGAAGGAACCGCUAAAUCCUAACCCUAUCUUUUAUUACUUCAAGGUUUACAUCUUUUUUUUUUCUAUAGAAAACAAAAUUAAUGAAUUAUAAUUAAUUUGUACAUUUUUUUAAUGAUUCGUGUAUUUUCAUCGACUAUAAAUAAUUGUGCAAAAUGUCAACUUGAUCUGACAAUGGCAAGUGGGAGAAACAACGUGUCCAAGAUUUGUACCCGACAGAAGGAGUGAGUUCAUCUAACCUUAUUGAGAAGUUGAAUGGAGCUGUUUUUAUUCAGCUGAAGAAGAGUUUCUGAUGAAACCACAAGGUGGUCCGACGUAAUUCAGGGGAGAGACGUGAGAGUGGAUGUAUGUGCUUUAAACAGUGCUUAUUAUUUUGUUUAAUGAGUUAUAUUUUGUUUAGAUAUUUCAUUUUGUUAUUUCUAGAUAUGUAUCUCAUUUCAAUUUCAAUCAUUGUAUAUUUAUAAAUAAAUAUGAAAGUUUA